ACAUGGUCUAGUGGGGUUAUUGGUGGUAGGUGGAUGGUUGGACUGGAUGAUCCUGUAGGUCUUUUCCAACCUAGCUAAUUCUAUGAUUCUAUGAUAGGAGGCAUUACUUUCAGAGCAACCCUCAUACAUUGAAAGUGUUGCUUCAAUAAGAUCUGUCUUCUUCCAUAAACAGAGUAAAGCAAGCUGAUAUAAAUGAUGAUAAGCUAUAUCUUGUCCCUAAAUCUUCUCAUGCUUAUGUGUCAAAUCCAGUUCCUGCUGUUAGAUCACGCUUCCCAAACCCUCAAGGGUGACAAAAACAAGUUGCUAAAUUGGAUUUGGAAAGCAGGUUUUAGAUAAGAAUUUGCCCAGGAGGUGAACUUCUCUGAAGGAACAAUAGGAGAUUAUUUGACUUCAUUUUUCAUAUUUCUUUGUCUUUAACUUGUUUGGCAGCUGUGGAAACAAACAGCUUCAUCCUUUUGUCUCCCGUGGGGCCAUAAAUGAUGGCGCUUAGUUUUGUUGCUUGUGGUGCUAAGAGGUUCAGUUAAUUUUUGGAGUGUUAAUUGCUUGAGCGGUACAGAAAAACUAACUGAAGUUCUCAGUGAAAAUGCAUUUGCUUGUGGGACUUUCUAACCAAGGGAUUACUUGAGUAUGCUAUAGAUAGGUGUAGAAUUAAGUACAUUUAGUAACAGCUCAACAAUUUCUUGGGCAAUAAGUCCAUAAAGAUUGUGAGAGCUGGUUGAAUUCUAGGGGGUAGGAAGAUGCACCAAGCAGGAAAUACUGGUUAGCACAAUUUAAACAUUACAUUUUAGUCUCCUACUGUAUACUAAGUGAUUGCCUAGUGACUGAAGUUCCUCAGAGGUCUGAGGAUGCAGGAUUGAUGUUUACAUGUGAUGUAGCAUAGCACAUGUCUGUAAUGGAUCAAUGACGUCUUGUUGAUAGUAGCAGUAUUGCUUGCAGAGCUCUUUGGCAUCCUUCUUUUCUGGAUGUUUGCAGAAGAGAGCAGGAAGAAUGACAAACAUUUGAAUAACAGGCGAAGGCAGACUGGAUGGAGUACUUGGUCUGACAAGAUUUUUGUAGUAGUGCAAGCAGAACAGAGGUUUGUAUUAGCUGAUGGAAAGACGUCUGAAAAUUGUGUGGUACUUUGGCGAAGUAGAAGCAAAGCAUGUGUAGAAAAGAGCUGUCAUUCGGAGCUGUGCUGAAUCAUGAAAUGUGAUGCAAAAUCACAGAAUGCACAGAAUCCAGUUCCGAGCUCCUGCCAUGGGCUGGUUGCCGUCCACCAGCUCAGGCUGCCCAGGGCCCGUUCCGGGCCUUCAGCACCUCCAUGGAUGGGGCACCCACAACUGCUGUGUGAGUACCAUUACUGAAGUGGAUCUUUAGUAGUGUAUAGUGUUUGGAUUUAUUUGGGGCAGCUUGGUGGAGCAGGAACCUUAGGAGGGCUGAGGUGAGUGCUGUACCAUGUGCUUUGUGAGGCAGCAGUCAGCCAGGUUUGGCGUACUUGUGCUGUUCUUCUAGUUUGAGUUGAAUACCCUAUUUAUGCUUAUUGAACCAUUCUAGGAAGCACUGUAAGUUAACAUGUGUUCCAUGCUAAUGUUCUGACAGUGACUGUGGACUUCUCACAGAUAGUCUCAGGUUAGGUCGGUGUAGGCAAAGUACUUGUUCUACUUUGUGGGUAUGUACUGCCUUGUGGGGCAGAGAAAGCUUAAUUUUUUUGACUGACGUGCUCUAGACCACAUGUUUGGAUCCAUUACAUUUGGAUAUUAUAAAUCUAGAUGUCAGUGGAAGUAUGGAUUGUGCAGCUGGGACACAGUUGCAGUAUCGCACCAGUAGAGAUCUAUUAGCAAACAAAGGGCCAUGCUUAGAAAGUUGCAUGAUCCAAAAUGUAUAUAAUGUCUUACUGCUGUCACUGGUGGCUGAUUGACAGGUUGUAGCCCCAAGCUGUACACCAGUCAUGGGAUCGAGGAAGAAUGAUGGGGAGAAGGAGGCAAUUUAGGAGCUUUGGAAUGCCUGCUUCUACUUUGGAGAUGUGUUAGCUUUUUUUUUCUCUUUCAAUGAUUAUCAGUUUAACUGCCAUUUUAAAAGUUCUGUGUUCAGCUUACCACACUGCUGUACUAAUAUAAAAAUCAGCUAUGGAAUGCAAAUACCAUGCUGUGAAUAUCAGUAAAGAUUAUAUCUGCAAGGAAGACACAUACAGAUGUUUGUUUUAAUUUAAUGCAGCUUUAAACUUUUUUUUAACUGGGACAUUUGGGGAAAAACAUCUUUUUAUUUUUUUUUCUCUCUGUAGUUAAAUAAACUGAUUUACUACACAAAGAGUCUUGAAGGCAUGACUUAUUUUCAAAUGGCAAAGGAUAUUUUUUUCCCCUAAGAGUUAAUAUAUUGGAGAUGGUGGUGCGUACACAUACUGAAGACUUGAAGCAUAUGAGGGCCAUAUGAGUGGCGUGAAGGAUAAAAAAGCAGGAAUGGGAUUAUCAGCUUGGAGAAGCUGAUGUUUUGGAAUGGAUCACUGGUGUAAAUCUUAGUGUGAGUUUUCUUUAUGCUACUUUCAGAGUGCUUGUUUUCUCAUUACUUCCGUGAAUGAAGAAAAGAUGGUGAAAAGGGGUAAUAGUCAGGCACUCAGUCUCAUAGGUGGAGAGGCUGCAGCCCCUUUUGGAUGAUGAAUCAUUCUUGAAAAUCAGCAUCUUCAUUUCAUAGAUUAAAGAGCAUCCUUGGGCUUCCGACGCAUGCUGAAUACAGGGAAUUUGAAUAAAUCAAGAUUGUAUGUUUUGUCUGACCUGCAUAUGUCUUCUGUUUUGUUAAUUCUUACGUCUGGAAGUGCUUUACUUUUUGUCACAAUCAAAUGCUGAGUGGGACAAAUGAGUUAAGGGCUCAUGAUGAGAGAUGAGGCUGACAGGGGAAUGGAGCAGUGAGUGUCUGCUGCAGACCAAGUGAUGAAGAGGAGGAUGAAGCUGUCUUCAAACUGGAAGAAGCCUUCUGCUUGGAAGUCCUGGUUACCCUGGUGUAAUUUAGGCACCUAAUGCCUUCUGGACAUGGAAGUAAUGAAGCCUUUAAUUGAUGAACAAAAUUCAGAUGUCUCGGAUGAGGAGCGUGAAAAAAAUUUCCUGCCAGUUGAGAAGCAUUACCAACUUGAUGAAGAGGAGGGCAUUACGUUUAUACAAACGCUUACCCACCUUCUCAAAGGAAACAUUGGAACUGGGCUUCUUGGUCUUCCGCUUGCAAUCAAAAAUGCUGGCAUUUUGGUUGGACCAAUCAGCCUCGUGUUCAUAGGAAUUAUAUCUGUUCACUGUAUGCACAUCUUGGUACGUUGCAGCCACUGUCUAUGUCAGAGGUUGAAAAAAUCCUCGCUGGGGUAUAGCGAUACAGUUAGUUAUGCCAUGGAAGUGGGGCCUCUGACUGCUCUUCAGAAAAGAUCCUCUUGGGGAAGGUAUAUUGUGGACUUUUUCCUGGUGAUAACACAGCUGGGAUUUUGUAGCGUUUAUGUUGUAUUCUUGGCAGAAAACGUUAAACAAGUCCAUGAAGGAUUUUUGGAAAACAAAACUGCUUCUAUAAAUGUCAGCGUUACCAGCAGUUCUUCUGAGAAAAGGAGUACUGAUUUACGAAUAUAUAUGCUUUGUUUCCUGCCAUUUAUGAUCCUCCUGGUCUUUAUUCGUGACUUGAAGAGCCUGUCCGUGCUUUCAUUGCUAGCCAAUCUGUCCAUGGCUGUCAGCUUGGUGAUCAUUUACCAGUACAUUGUUAGAGAUAUAGCAGAUCCACGAACACUGCCUCCUGUGGUUGGCUGGAAGAAAUAUCCUCUGUUUUUUGGAACAGCAGUAUUUGCUUUUGAAGGAAUUGGUGUGGUACUCCCAUUGGAAAACAGAAUGAAGGACACCACACGCUUCCCACUGGCACUGAACAUUGGCAUGGGGAUCGUUAUGACCUUGUAUAUCUCAUUAGCCACACUCGGGUAUCUGCGCUUCGGGGAUGAAAUCAAAGGCAGCAUAACGUUAAACCUACCACAGGAUCAAUGGUUGUAUCAGUCUGUAAAAAUUCUGUACUCCUUUGGGAUUUUUGUGACCUAUUCGAUCCAGUUCUAUGUCCCUGCGGAGAUCCUCAUUCCUGCUGCCACCUCCAAAGUGGAGCAGAAGUGGAAGUUACCCUGUGAACUCGUGGUGAGAACACUGCUGGUCUGCUCAACCUGUGCCGUAGCGGUUUUGAUCCCUCGCCUAGACCUGGUGAUUUCUUUUGUUGGAGCUGUCAGCAGUAGCACUCUGGCACUGAUUCUGCCACCUCUGGUUGAAAUCCUCACUUUCUACAAAGAAAACCUACGUUUGUGGACAAUACUUAAAGACAUUUUUAUAGCUGUCUUUGGAGUGCUUGGAUUUUUAACAGGGACAUACGUGACAGUUGAAGAAAUCAUUUACCCUGCAUCCACAGUUCUAGCUAACACAACUGAGAGCAUCUCUGCUGUUUUAAAUGCUACAGACUUGGUGGUUGGUUUAAAGUAAAAAUGAGAUGCCAUGAACUGUUUUGUUCCCUAAUGAGAAUUCAGGAUGGAUGGCAGACCUACAUGUGGGAUAAAUUCCAAGGGAUUUUAAAUGAAUUCUUAAAAAAAAUCUCAUGUAAACCUUUCUCCCUCUGUUUGUUCUUUCUCUCAUUACUUCUGAUUUACUGCCUGAACUAACCCCUUUGUUCUCAGUCUUCUCCGCUCAUCUCGUUAAAAACUGAAUUGAUGUCAGGAUUUAAAAUAUAUAUAUGGAUGUAAGAAGGAAAUAUGGUAUUAAAUUAUUUGCAAGACAGAAGAAUAGUUUUCCUAAAGUCAAAAUGCUUUCCUCCUCCAAAAAGGUGGAAGUCUGUCCAUUCAUCGUAUCUAGAUGCAAAGCCUAGGCACUACUGUUUUCUCUCCAGCCCUGUUUUAAGGGCUUAUGUGGGAGUUAAACGAUGUGUUGACCUGCUCUUGGCUGUCCCCAGUGGGGUGCACCCCAUGAACCAGAGACUCUGCUUUUAGAAAUGAAGAACUGUGUUUUUAUUUCCAUUCUGAGGACUUAGAUAUUUGCCUUGGAGAAGCUUUAGCGUGGUUGCAGUUCUGUAGCUGUGGUCCCUGGGAACUGGUUUGUCUAGAAUCACAGUGCAUUGUACUGAACAACAGUGGCUCUUGUUCACUCUUUUUACAUUGGCUCCAAUGGGAAGGACUAAUCCCUCCUAGUGUAGGUUAGUGGAACAGCAUGACCACUGGUGUUGGUGGGCUACGUGACAGUAGGGUAAAGACAUUCUUUCAAGCUGACCAUCUGAAUAUUUAAGCAGAAAAAUGGACAAGACUGACAGAGAGGCAAGGCUUAGAGGUAAAGGUUGGAUCCUUUGUUAGACCAUAAGAGAGCCAUUUAGGAGUGCUCUUUCUAUCUUGCAUGAUCUGUUACUGUGAGCUGCUCUGCAUGGUCACAUCCAGGCUCCGUGAGAAUGGCAUCCAUGGAACUCUGCAGAACCAUAGAGGUUUGAAUGCCUAGAGCAGCUUAAGGUUUCAGAAAGGAUGCUUUCUAGAGUGGAGCUUAUGCCAUCCUUUCACACAAAUAAUCUUUGGGUUAUUUGUGAAAGAACUUGUAAUUCACAGCACUGUGAAGGCCGGGGGCACAGUGAGUAUCUGCUUUGAGGCCCAUUCUUCCUGCCUGCAGGUUGACUAAAGAUGUUGAUUAUCUCAGAACUUGCUUUCAAAUACUGCAUGGAGAGGUACAGCUUAUAUGAGAUAUAGGGUAUACACGUGAAAAUAUGAAUUUUUCUAGAAAGUAAAUAUUUAUUUCAUUUGGAGUUUGAAUGAAGUGUUACAAGAUGCUGCUUAGCAGAGCAAUAUUACUUUCUUGAAUGAUGCAAAAUCAUUCAACACCACAAAUAACGAUACCAGUAGUUUAUUUUUGUAUAUUUUGGUAACUGCUGCCGUACCAUUUUUUACACCAUUAUUUUGUUCUUAAUUUCAACUGUACAAGUGUAUGAAACUAUAUUUUUUCCCUUUACCUAUUGCUAGAAGUCUAUAAACUAUAUAUUUAUAUUGGAACAUAUAAUAAUUAUUUUUACAUGCUUACAUUCUGCCUUAAAUAGGAUCUGACUUGCCCUUUGGUGAUUUAUGAUUCUUAUCUCCAUUUUGGAAGAAAAAAAAGAACAUGUUAUUAAGUUGGUAAUUGGGUAGAAAUGAGCUUCAUUCAGCCAGCCUGCGUACUGUGUCCUCAGCUGGAAUCCUGCUUUUGGGGGUUUGUAUUUGACUUUUGGGCUCACACUGCCUGAAUGAAAUUCACUCCCAACUCCAAAGCUAUAUUUUUGGUCUCGUUCCCUAAAAUCACUCUAUGUUUUGUAAAACAACAGAACUGUAUUUAUCAUAGUCUUUCUUUUUAUGAGGAAAUUCCUUGUCUAAGGGAUAUAUUUAAUUAUAACAUUCCUCUAAGAAAUAUGGUAUGAUAAAACCUCUCUAUUCAUACAAAUUAACAUAAGAAUAUAUAUAAUAUUUGGUUGUCCUCAGUAUCUGUCUCAGAAAUCUACCAUUUGGUAACCUACCAUUUGGCAUUACAGUGCUAAAAUAAUAUAGUCCCAGAUACAUCUAUAUUUAUAUUUUCUGAAUAUUUCUCCAGUCAUCUACCACGUAGUGACUGUAUUUGAGCACUUUCUUCUCCAUGCUUAUAAAGACACUUCUGAUAGGAAUUUCUGCAUGUAGUUUGAACGGCGUGCACUUGUUCAAGCAAUAGUUCUGAGCAAUGCUCUUAUUUUUCAUUUAAUGUGGACAAGGUUAAAUACUUGGCAGGCACUUUAAAGGCAUGAGUCUCAGCAGGUUUAAUGCUAUAGUGUUAACUUAUUGUAUGAAGGUGUCGCUGAGGAGCAAACGCAGGUAAUUAUCAGAGGGGCAUAGGGUAGCUUUAGCUUCUUGUCUUAAAGGCUUUUUAGUCUUUGAGCUGUUUUAAAAGACAUUGAAGCUAAGUGUUUCAGCAUGCUUGGUAAUAAAUGUUGUAAACCAUACACUACAUAAUAGACUAUUUCUGUGCAGCAUAUUUUACUUGAUAUAAAUAUUUCAAUUUGGAACAAAGGUUCCAAAUAUUGAAACCUUUUUUAGUAGGAUUGAUAGGAUUUAAAUGAAAGUUAUUUUUCUUGUUAGUUUUGCAUCUUUCUGUGUGUGUUUGGAGAAUAAAGGAUUGUCAAGUCCAUUCAUAUCAUCUUAUCCUCAAUGGCUGUGUUCUAGUGAACACCUCUGAGAAAGCCAGGGUGCAGCUCAGAGUUUGGUGGUACUUUAUUCACUUGCAUCAGUUAAACUGACGUGAUGAUUUGCUGAGCUCAGUAGGUGCCCAUGGUACCCAGGUGAAUGCAGCAACUUUUUGAAACUAAGAUCACCUGCUUAGAAACUUGCUAGGUUUGAGGAAUCAAAUCUGAGCUGUCAAAGUUCAGAUAACCUGGUCCAAAUACAGAUUUUACUGCUCUGUCUCACCAUGGAUCACCUGGUGAAAGAGAUUUUCAGACAGAUUUGUUGCCAUUGAUUGGCCAGAUAUGAAGUAGUCAUUUUAUGCAGUGGGUCAGUGUUGCUGUAUCUAAUGAUGUUAUAUCUUUAGAAUCUUUAAAAUGUUUGUUAAUAUCUUUUACACAAUGUUUCUCCUACAGUGUAGGAUUUUCAUUACUUUAACACUCACACAGGGCAUUUGUGUGGCCUGCUCUUUCAAAUAGAAAGAUUGAAGAAUUGGAAUAUCUUGCUUUGGAUACCACUAAAAUUGUCAUUAGUAGAACUGGAAUAGAACUACUACGUUUGAAUAAUAAGAGUGUUCCUGUGAAACACUGCCAAAGAUUUAAAAGAUGGGAAAUCUGACAGAAGCCUCUUGUAAAUUAUAGGGCUGUUCAUUUAGCUUUUAAAGUACUAUAAUAUAAAUUUCAAGUUAAGAUGUGGGGAGUGAGACUCAGUUUUAAUGGUUAUGGUUUACAUUAAAAUAUAUUUCAGAGGGAAGUGUACUUGAGCACAAGCUAAAUUAAACAGAAAAAUGUGAUUUGCUUAUGUUCUUGACAAGGAACAGAAAGCUGUUUUAUUUAUAUACUGUACAUGCACUUACAUUUAGCAAUAUGAUAUUGUCAACUGUUUCAAUUAAUUUAAUUAUUAGCUGUACUAUAAGGACCUGGAUCAUUUUCUUGUCUGUAACUGUUCAUCCUGAAAUACUGGGCAAGGAAGAGGGUGGCUUUGCCUAAUGUUCUGUAACUUAGAUCUUCUGCAUCAAUAAAGACUAAAAUAAUAACCUCCUCCUAA